AUGGCGGCCCGGAGGAGCAGCGCCAUCCGGUCCUCUGUGGCCGCCAACACCCUCCAGCCAGGCCAGCGUGCCCCCUGCAGUACCUCCUGCCCUCGCCGCCACCCCCCGGUGCUUGACAUGGUGCUAGAGGCUCUGCAGGCGGCUGACCCACGCAGGGCCACGUCGGCGGCGGCCAUCAAGGUGUUCAUCCUUCAAAAGUACCCGACAGUGAACACACUACGUCUCCCACACCUUCUGCGCAGGGCCCUGGAUGCGGGCCUGAGCCGUGGACUUCUGGCACGGCCCCCCAACUCCAAGGCCCGGGGUGCCACCGGCAGCUUUAAGCUGGUGCCCAAGGACAAGAGGAAGGCCCAGCCCAGGAAGCCAGCCACCAGCUCAGUCAAGUGCCCCCAGAAGACUGCCCAGCCCAAGAAGGGGGCCCCCAGCACAGUCGGCGCCAAGGGGGUGCCCAGGAAGCCAGGGGAGGCUACCACGGCAAUCCGCAAGCCAGCACCCAUGGGGAAGGCCCCCAAGCAGCCCAGGAAGCCCAGUACAGCCCCUCCUGACCCUGGCCAGGCCGGUGGGGCACCUCGAAGGCCAGGGGGGCCAGGAGCAGCCUCCUCACUGUCCAGCAGAGCCAAGGAGAAGCCGCCCAGGAAGGGCCCCCCACUGUCAGGCCAGGCCUCUAAGGCUCCAUCCACAGGGAGGGUGAAGACCACAGGUGGGUGA